AUGACUAAAUGUUAUAAGUAGCAUAUGAGAUAUGAAAUUGAUAAAGAUAAGCAUUUUAUAAAGAAUGAUUAAUUAAUUAUAGAAAUUAAGGAGAAUAUGUAUUAGGAAUAUUAGAGAAUUAGAAAAAGGGUUUUGUUCAAGGCAUAUUAACCAUAUUAAAGGAUUUGUUCAAAAACAGAAACAAGAAAUUUAGCAGAAAAUAAGGUAUUAUUAAUGAAGAAAAUGAUAGAUUUGUAAGUUAUGAAAUAACUAACUAUUGAAAAGAAAGGAAUCAGAUUAGGAAGGGAAAGAAAGAUGAAAUUUAAAAAUUAAGCAAAUUAAGAAUUUUAUAAUUUAAAAAUAUUUGUAGUUUCCUUAAAAUAAUAAGAAAAUUUAAAUCAAAUAGGUUUUGAGCAUUAUGAAUUUUGA